CCUGGGAGAUAGCAUUAUCCAAAUAUAUAAAGUAUAAUCCAAACUAAGUUAGGAAAGUGGAAACCCUAAAGCCUCUUAGCAAACAAAUCUAUUUGCCAAAACUUCAAAGACAAAGAAACCACGCGAGAACCAAACUUGUAGACAAACUACAACUUUGUGAUUCCUCUCUGUCCCAUCAUGGAACCGCAAGCUCCGUCGUCAAGUCCGAAGCUACGUCUGCUCUGUAGCUACGGUGGCCGGAUAACGCCCAUCCCACCGUCAAACUCCCUGGAAUACAUCGGCGGCGAGACCCGCAUCGUCGCCGUUCCCCGUGACAUCUCCUUCACCGCUUUCUUCCAGCUUCUCUCGGGCAAGCUUCUCUCUGGCCGCUCCUUCUCGCUCAAGUACAGACUCCCAGGCUGCGACCUCGACUCUCUCAUCACCGUCAGUAACAACGAAGAUCUACAAAACAUGAUCGCUGAGUAUGACUCAGCUAGUCCCCAACGCAUCCGUCUCUUCCUCUUCCCCGAGUCAUCAACUCGACAUCCUCUGUCGGUUAACUUGCUUGGACUCGAGUCGCCUAUACAUAAAAUAAUCUACACAUCUUCGUCUUCCGUUGUUCCCUUCCCGAUAUUCCCGCAAAGUAAUGAUACGGCGGCGAAGCGUGUGGAUCACGGAAAGAUCCAUGCAACAUUGGAAGAUACUCGGAUUAAGGAGGAGGAACCUAUGAGCUCAGCCUCGGAGUUGAACUCCGCGGCUGAUGCGGGAGUUUCGGAUAAAGAAACAGAGAGAGUAGAGAUUCAAGAUCAACCACGACGAAUAGUUGUUCAUAGGGAUGUUGUAUUGGUUGUUCAAGAGCCUUUGCAGCAGCAGCAUCAAUAUUUACCGAUAUUCUACUUACCAGUCUUGCCGAUGCAGCCACAUACGGUGACUCGUUCAGUGAAUGGUUACGCGUUGUCUCCGGCUAUAGAAUAUUCUUCUGGAGUAGAUCCGGUGCUGGAAAAUAAGGAAACUGCGACCUGAGUGGGGUUUCUUCCAGGUCAAGUAACCCAAUUAAUCCCUUUUGUAGUUUAGGAAUUAACCUUUUUGAAAAAUUAGGAUUCGACUUCUCUUAUAGAAUAUGAGUAAUGGACACGUGAACCGAUCUCUUUUGGACAAAUGUGGUUUGUGCCCAUCGUGCGGUUUCAAGAUUAUAUGUGAAAAAUAGUACUUGGGUGAACUAGUUUGGUUUUCAAUCUUUUUAAAAUAAGAUAAAAUAAAAUAGGAGACAGUGAAGUUGAUUUAUUAUUACUAUUUUGUAAUCGUUCAAAACGUUUCAAGAGUGCUUCU